UUUCACAAAGUGUAAUGAAUUCACACUCCAUAACAGUAGGCUGACACAGCCCACACAGAAGGUGGCGGCAUGCACCUCUAACGUAUGUUUGCAGACAGCCAUAAUACCAUAGAAGGAGAAGAAAAAGUAGUAGUCAGGUAGGGGAACGAGAAGGAGGAGCACGUGAGCAAUCUGACAAGUUUGGCUGGUCUGUUGCUCCUUUCCAUUCUGGCUCUGCAGUAGAAUUCUGCAGUUUGUAUCGUCUGUGGCGUGCUGAGCUGUGGAGAGAGGCCCAGAGUUCUGUUGGGGACCUGUAAGAUAUUACUUCCAUUCUAAAGUAGGAGUGUGUGUGGAGGGAGAGGAGGAGCGACAUCGAGAUGAAGAGAUAAGGAACAUGCAGGACUUUAGGGCACCAGGGUUCAAGUGACACCCCCAUGGGAACUGGAAGAAGAUGGAAUCAUAUCAGCCACACAGCAACAUCCUGUCAGCUUUUAGGGACUUGUGUAUAGGGAACAGUAUGAUCCUGGACUGAAGGCAUCUGAAGAAAAGGCUGGAUAAAGACAGGAGUCAAGGACAAACAAGCCCACUCGUGCUACCUCCCAACCCCACCUCCAGCAUGCCUGUGGAGACCCUCCAGCCUGGCCUAAGACGGCCGGUGGCCGUGAGGGCUGCUGCUGCUGGAAUGCCCAACCGCCUUCUCAUGCCCAACCGCCUCCUCCUACAACCAAGAACAGCGGCAGCAGCUGAGCCCAGGCAGAGCGCAGUGGAGAGGCUGGCAGCAGACAAGGCUAAAUAUGUCAAGAGCCAGGUGGCCCUCUCCAAGCAGCAGCCAAUCAAAGUGCCUCCGCCUGUCAUGCGCAAGCCUCUGAUGUCCCCGGCCCCCGCCCUGCGGCCCACCCGUAAGGCCCAACCGCCUCGCCCUAACUACACCCAGCAAGGGAGUUCCCCACUGGACCUGGAGCACCUGAGUAACCUGAUCAACGGGGUGGGUGAGGCUGAAAUUCCCCCCACCUCCCCUACCACCCCCACCAUGGACCCAGUGGAGAGUAGUCAGGCCUCUGACUGCCCCACCACUACCAACUCUCCCUGUCCCUCUCCAGUCUCUGCUGGGUCGGGGGCUGCUGAGAGUAUCCAGACCCCCUGUCCUGAGUGGUCCACCCCAGUCAAAGUAAGGGUAAAUGCCUCUGGCCCACUAAAUCCUACAGAGUCUCCUACUGCAGUGACCAUACGUAGAUUGGACGUCAUACCCCAACCCCACCACACCAUGCCAGUGAGGACGCCCCUUAGAGCACAGCAGCAGCCCAUGGCUCUGCAUCCACACACCCAGAUCCACAACGCUAUGUCAUCUCUGCGUCUCCACCACCCCCGAACUACCUAUACACCAGGCCAUGCAUCUCCUAAACCUGUCCCAGCCCCUCCACCACAAAACUACACCCCAACCCCCACCUCCCCGUCUACCCCCAUCCAGCUCCCAUCCAACCCCCCCAUACUCCCGCCCUCCCCGUCGGUCACCCGCCUGUCGUCCGGUACCUCCAGGAAACGUCCCUCUCUGACCCGCUCCAAAUCAGACAUGAGUGACCGUUACUCACGGGCCAGUACUGAGCUGGAGCGCUUCUUCAACCUGUGUGGUUUGGACCCUUCGGAGAUGGAGGUGCUGAAGGGGCCGGGCUCAGACAUCGCCUCCCUUGCACAGUUCCGCAGUGCCAGCGCUCCUGGGUCAGAGUGUGCAGGCCAGGAGGGUGAAGAGGAAGGUGGGGCUGCAGAGCCAGCUCCCUAUGGCAUCUCAGUAAUUGAGAGGAACGCCAGAGUUAUCAAGUGGCUUUAUGGUAUCCGCACAUCCAAGGAUAGUGCCAGGAGCACCAACCUUUAGGGCCAUGAGAGACUGAUGUAAAUAGAGGCAGGGGAGAAAAACAUGGAGGUAAACUUUAAACACAAUUCCUGUACAGAGAAAAAAGCAGGAGAACUGUUACCGCCGGUAUAAACCAACUAAGGAAAAUGAAAGGAAGGGACUGAUCUGGACUAAUAGUGAAGGAAACUGUCUGUCAAUGCAGUUUGAUACAGUGUUGGAUAUCAUUUGUGCACAUUUAUUUUAUUGCAAGGUACUUGGUACUAACACCUGUUUCAUCCAGCGCAAGGAAGCAGUGUUUGGUGAAUGGGGCUUCUAUUGAUGAGGGUCCUCCGUCCCUCAUCUCCCGUCGGUCCUCAAGGAGGCUCAGAAAAGGCUGGAUGUCCACAGCUACUCACUUUCCUCCAGCCAUUAUCAUUGGUAGUUCCAUGGUGAGGCACAUCUUAGUUCCUGGAGCUAAAACUCUGUGCUACCUGGGGGCUACGGUGAAGGAUAUCACAAUAUUUAUUUUUCUGUCCUCACCUUCCUACAGCCAAGGGCUGCUGCUGUUGUAGUGCAUGUGGGAUCAAAUGAUAUCAAAAAGGGUAAAUCAUGGCUAAUGAAACAGGAUUUUAUUGAGCUGAUCAACACCCUAAAAGGCUCUGAAAGCAGCCGAUUAUCUCUGGUCCUGUGCCAUCGCUGAGUUGCAGCUGCAAAAGGUUCUGCAGGCUUUUAGCACUUCAUAUCUGGCAUAUCUCUGAAAGAACUUCUAAGCCUAUUCACAAUGAUAUUGGGCUGGAUGCUGAUAGGGGAAACUUGCUGAAUGAUCAGAGAAAUGGUCAAAGCUUUUCAUUUAGGCUAUUUACAGAAAAAUAAGUCCUGGAUGGUUUGCUAGCCAUAGACAACAAGAAAUCCACAAUGAUGUGCAGCGCCCAUCAUUGUUGGCUCAAUAACCCACAUUUUUUAUUUAACAUUGUUAUUGGGAAAUAUUCCAAAAUUAUGGAAAUCAGCUCUUGUGCUGCCACUCCAUAAGGGCGGGGAUAGUAGUGAUAUUAAUAGUUAAUCGCCCCAUUUCAAGGCAUCCUUGUCUAGCUAAGAUUCUCGAAUCCUUGGUAAAUGCACAACUUUGCUCUUUUCUAUCUGAGAAAUAUAUUUGGAAUGUAAACCAAUCAGGAUAUAGGCCUGGCCAUAGCACUAUUACAGCAACCACUUUAGUUGUUAAUGAUCUUGUCAAUACUUUAGACACUAAAAUGAAAUGUGCGCUUUGUUUGUGGA